AUGAAGCCCGAUGAGGAGGGCCACGACUACAGUCCCCUAAAGGAGCAUGGCCUAUCCUACAUCAUGGAGAAGGAUACCUUUCUGGCAGGAGCAGUUGUAUCGCCGGGUUCCAUCAAACUCGUUAACGAAUAUCUGACACCACUAUUACCCGUCUCUAAGGGACGAAGCUUUGGUAUGCUCUUCUACUGCCUGGGCCUUAUUUAA